CACAGACUCCUUCCUGAAGACUGUCGAAUACUUAUUUUCAGUAGUUAUUUUGCUCAUUUUGCUUCCUUCCCGAAGACUGUCGAUUACUUAUUUUCAGUAGUUAUUUUGCUGUAGUAUUUGUUAAUAUAAAUGUCAAAGAUGAUAUCGAGUCUAGACAAAGAAUCUUCAGUCAUUCUUCAAGAGAAGAACCAGGGGAAUGAAGAAUUAGACUCACUGCUUCCAACGGUACCAAGACCGGCCAACACGAUAUGCUCUUGCCGUUACAUUGUAAGCUACAUGUCUUUCUUUGCAUUGGCAUGUGCUUACUUAAAUCGUGUAAACCUAAGCGUUGCAAUGACGGCGAUGGCCAACAGUACUUACAGCUCGACCUAUGAAAUAGGUGUGAACUCAUCGGCUGAAAUCUGCCCUGUGCGGUCAAAUGAAAGUUUGGGUGAAGAAAAGGAGGGUGAAUUUCCCUGGGACGCACAAACCCAAGAGCUAAUCCUGGCGGGAUUCUAUUAUGGCCUGCCCCUAUUCCAGAUUCCUGCUGGCCUCGUGGCCGACAAGUACCCGCGAUCAACAACCAUGAUACUCUGCUUAGCGUUCCUAAUAUCAUCUGCAACUAAUUUAUUGAUCCCUCUUGCUGCUUACAACAUUGGUGCAUCUGCAAUUAUCGCAUUGCGUGUCAUUGCAGGUGUCGCAGAGAGUGUCACCUAUCCUUGUCUUUAUUCGCUUCUGUCAAGAUGGACGCCACCUGCAGACAGGAGCAGGCAGAUUUCAAUCGCCUUUGCUGGUUCAUCGGCCGGCCAAAUUAUUGCCCAGCCGAUUUCUGGCGUUCUUUGCGACUCGGACAUCCUUGGUGGCUGGCCAUCAACUUUUUAUCUGUUCGGUACACUAGGCAUCAUAUGGUGCAUUCCUUGGGUUUUACUUAUAUAUCCUUCCCCUUCGACACAUCCCAGGAUAUCACAAGACGAGAGAGAUUAUAUCAUUGCUGAGCUUAAGUACCAAAAUUCGCCCCCCAAGAAAUAUCCAUGGAAGAACUUUGCUACCUCAUUACCCCUCUAUGCUGUUUGUGCCACCGAUUUCGCACUCCUUUGGAUCUACUUCUCGCUUACUUCAAACCUUCCCAUAUUCUUAAAAGAGGCUCUUCGGUUUGACAUCACUCAGGUUGGAAUACUUUCUUCAAUGCCGCAUAUUACUUUCGUCAUCCUCAUCAUGAUCGGGGGUUCUGUGGCAGACUUCAUUCUAAAUAAUACCCCCUUAAAUUUAACCACCGUUCGGAAAAUCAUGACCACACUCGGUCUCCUGCCCGCAGGAGCCUUUCUUGUCCUUUCUAGUUAUGUUGGAUGCAAUGCUGGAUUAGUUAUCACCUUUAUUUCGUUGGCGUUGGGCAUGACUGGCUUUGCUUACUCAGGGGCGUCCCUCACCAUGAUGGAGUUUGCUACCCCCUACGCUGGAAUGUGUGUUGCCAUAGCAAACUCGGUUGCGACCAUUCCAGGCUUCGUCGCACCACUAGUCGUUGCUGUAUUCACCGAAAAUCAGGCUGAUAUGAGUGGAUGGAGGUCAUUUUUCUGGAUAACAUUUGGAAUAACCGUUUUGGCCUGGUUAAUCUUCACAAUCUUUGGGACUUCGGAACUUCAACCUUGGGCUCAAGAAGUCAAGGGAGGAAAUAUCGACUCUUCUAAGGGCAAGUAUGGAGGAAUCCACAACACUUUUAGCAAUGGCGAUGUCUUCAGCAAUGGCAAUUGCCACAAGGUCGGCAACAUCAGCAACAACAGCAACCUUGACCACGGCUACAACUCACAUCAUGAAAAGGAAAAGUUAAUGUAUCCCAAUUGAUGAUGGAUCAGCAAUCUUUGGGUCAGCAAACCUAUUUGAGUGAUUUAAAACAUUUAGAAAAAAAAGGCAGUGUUGGGUCAACGGAAGAACCUUCCCGAUGCAGACAUAGGGAAAGAUCAACCGGAAUUAAUUUCAAGUGGUUUUAACAGACAAAAUUUGAUCUUCAGGUUCUUGGUUCAGUCUGAGCUAUCCUUCAUGGUUAGUGACUGUCGAUUGGUCGCAAUUGAUCUAAAUGGACUUAAUUCAUGAUUCAUUCGGUUCAGAUAAGGCCAUUGCUCGAUUCCAUUUACUACUGCUUUUAAUAGCCAUGGUAUCUAUUAUGUAGGAGAAUUACCCCCAUAUCAAUUAAUAAAGAACACCCCCUUUAAUAAAUGUUUAAUCAGAUCCAAAUAAAAUCAUUAUGUCAUAUGGUUAUUCUGGAUGAUUAGGUGAAAUGUUUCACACUGAAAAUAUUGGAAUGAAUGGCGUGAAUGCAGUUGAAUUUCAUUUUUAAUUUUCAUAUAUUCGAGGAUAAGAAAAACUCUUAUUAAGACAAUUUCACCCAAACAAACAGUUUAUUUGAAUAACAAGAGAAAAAUCCAACAAGCAUAAAUUUCAUACAAAUCGGAAGUAAACUCAGAAAGUUAUGACAUUUGAAGUUCCGCUGAGUUUCACAAAACAAUUAUAUGCACAACCUGGUCGGUAUGCUAAUAAGGAGACUUAUUUUCUCCUCAUUGUCAAGUGAAACAACGAUUAAUUCCUCCC